AUGUCGGACGCUCAGACGAAGAAGUUUGGAAAGGGCGAGCGGACGAUCCCUCACCACAGCCAGAAGGCUCAGAAGUGGUAUCCCGUGGACGAUGAGUCGCAACCCAAGAAAGUCCGCAAGACCGCCCGCCCCGCCAAGCCUCGUGAGAGCCUCCAGCCUGGUACUAUCCUGAUCCUCCUCGCUGGUCGUUUCCGCGGUAAGCGGGUUGUUCUCCUCAAGCACCUCCCCCAGGGUGUCCUCCUCGUUACCGGCCCCUUUAAGAUCAACGGUGUCCCUCUCCGACGGGUGAACGCUCGCUAUGUGAUCGCUACCAGCGGCAAGGUCGACCUCAGCGGCAUCGACUCUGCUACCCUUGAGAAGGUCUCUGCUGCUGACUACUUCACCAAGGAGAAGGCUCAGCAGAAGAAGACUGAGGAGGCUUUCUUUAAGCAGGGAGAGAAGCCAGAGAAGAAGAAGAUUACCAGUGCUCGCGCCGCCGACCAAAAGGCCAUCGACCAGUCCCUUUUGGCCAACAUCAAGAAGGAGCAUCUCCUCGCCAGCUACCUUGCCACCAGCUUCAGCCUCCGGAAAGGCGACAAGCCUCACGAGAUGAAGUGGUAAAGUUAUGACAAUUUGCAUAAGGGGUUAUGUUCUUUUUUUCGAUUGAUGUGCAAAACAAAAAACUUUCUAUUAUCAACACAUGAGAAAGGAGGAUUCGGCGUUUGCAAAUGUCUUUUUUUGUUUCUCUCCAUACCGUGUUGUGGAUAUGGGCUUGAAACGAGCGGGGGAUAUUUCAAAAAAAUUCAUCAUUUGCAUCUGCUAUAUCUUUUUUUUUUUGUUAAAAAGAAAAAGAGUUCUUUCACAUGGGCUAUCAUGAGACACAUGUAAACUCGAUUUCUGGAAGUCAGCAGCUUCCAAUACUGCGUUAGAUUUUUUUCUUUGUUGUGUGAGC